AUGUGCGAGCGCAGUCUCUACAGAGCUGGCUAUGUGGGCUCGCUUCUGAAUUUGCAGUCACCGGACUCUUUCUACUUUUCCAACCUGCGGCCCAAUGGCAGCCAGUUGGCCGCUCUUCCGCCCAUCUCAUACCCUCGCAGCGCGCUGCCCUGGGCCACUACGCCCGCCUCGUGCACCCCUGCCCAGCCUGCCGCCGCCUCUGCCUUUGGAGGCUUCUCUCAGUCUUACUUGACCGGCACUGGGCCUCUUGGCUUGCAGUCACCAGGCGCCAAGGACGGACCCGAAGAACAGCCUGAUGCAGCCACCUCAUCUGAGGAACGGAGCCGGACUAGGCCGCCCUUCGCCCCCGAGUCUAGUCUGGCUCACUCGGCUCUUAAAGGCACCAAGUAUGACUACGCAGGUGUGGGCCGGGUCUCUGCGGGCUCUGCGACCCUGCUCCAGGGCCUCCCCUGUGCCUCCAGCUUCAAAGAAGACACCAAAGGCCCGCUCAACUUGAACAUGGCAGUGCAAGUGGCCGGGGUAGCCUCUUGCUUGAGAUCUUCGCUGCCCGACGGCCUGCCGUGGGGAGCGGCCCCAGGGAGGGCCCGCAAGAAGAGGAAACCUUAUACGAAGCAGCAGAUUGCUGAGCUGGAAAACGAAUUCCUGGUCAAUGAAUUCAUCAACCGGCAGAAGCGUAAGGAAUUGUCCAACAGGCUGAACCUCAGCGACCAGCAGGUCAAAAUCUGGUUCCAGAAUCGGCGUAUGAAGAAAAAACGUGUCGUGCAGCGCGAGCAGGCACUGGCGCUCUAUUAG